AUGUUUCAGGGAGAUGAACUAUCAUCACAGAGAAAUCCGAUUCUACUAGAUACAAAUAUUUCGCAUUUUCAAAAAAUAAUAAUCCUUCGGUGUACUCAAUUCAACGUAAAAAAUAACAAGUUAUUGGAUAUUGUCGUAUUUCAGAAUGCUUGGUCCGAUGCAUUUCGUAAUACAAAUAGUGCCAUCAAUCAUAAUGGCUUAAUUGCGUUAUAUAAGGCAGGAUUAGAAAGAACCGAUUAUAAUAUUCCGAAUUUUGCCAGGAAUUUAAAAAAGUAUAAAAAUCCGUACUCCACUCAAGAUUUAUUUGAUGCAGCAAAGGAUGUGGAUGCUUAUUGUGAUUUUAUUUCUAACGGUUAUAAUAAUGUUGGAACAAGAUGGAAUCAAGUUCAUAAGAUUGAACAGAUAUGUGAUUAUUUAGGAAUUACCAAAAAAGGAAGUGUUGAUUUGAUGUUGGACAACAUAUUAUUAGGUUUAAGAAAUGGGGAAAAUUCAGCUGAUAAGCAUAAUAAUGCGAUUUAA